CUCGACGUGACCUCCCAAACCACUGAGCAGGAACUGUUCGCCAAGAACCCUGUGUGCAUUCUGUCCCCAGAAGGAGAAAUCGGGCCCUUCUGGGUGAAGGGCGAGCUGGUGCGAUCUGAUGUCAGGGAUGGCGAACCUGGUAUCCCGAUCAUCAUGGACGGCCAGUUCAUCGACAUUGAGACCUGCGAGCCCAUCAAGGAUCUCUACUGGGACGUGUGGAACUGCAACUCCACCGGCGUCUACUCCGGCGUCCAGAGCUCCAUGAACGGCAACGGUGACGACGACUCCAACCUCGACAAGACCUUCCUACGUGGUCUCCAGAAGACGGACGCCGACGGUGUCGCGCAAUUCCAGUCCAUGUUCCCCGGCCACUACUCCGGCAGAGCUACCCACGUCCACGUCGUUGCCCACGUCGGUGCCACCCAGUUGCAGAACAACACCCUCACCGGUGGCCACGUCGCUCAUAUCGGUCAGCUCUUCUUCGACCAGGACCUCGUUUACAAGGUCGAGGCCACGUACCCUUACAACACGAACAAUGUCUCCAUCACCACCAACGCCGAUGAUCACGUCGUCCAGGAUGAGACUGAAGAUAGCGCUUCUGACCCCUUCUUCGAGUAUGCUUUCCUCGGAAAUGCUCUUGAGGAUGGUAUCUAUGCUUGGAUUACCCUGGGUGUCAAUGUCUCGGCCAGUUAUGACACUAGCUAUGCUGCUACCUUGACUUCCUCUGGCGGUGUCUCCAACUCCAACAGCAACCCCGGUGACGCUGUUAACUUCUGA